UGCCGGGCUCGGGCGUUCUGUUGGGCGCAACUUUGUUGGGGAGGGGGCUAAGCGACGGGACGGCCCUGCUGGGCCAGCAUCCUGUUAACGGCGGGGGCCGGUCAGAUGCCUCGGAGAAGCCCGGCCUGGCGUUGCCGUCCUCCAGGGGGUGCCUGGAGACCUCCCGGAAUUACACGCGAUCUCCAGGCAACCCUCCCCCUGCAGAAAAUGGCUAACGUAGAAGCUGGAAACGUCCACUCUCCAUCCACUAGCAUGGCAGGUUCUGGGCAAUACAGGCAGCUUAUCAAUGACUAUGGACCCCCAUCUCUAGGCUACACACAAAGUGUGCAGGGUACUAGUAGCAGCCAAGUGCCACAGAGCAAGUACGCAGAACUUCUGGCCAUCAUAGAAGAAUUAGGAAAAGAAAUUAGGCCAACGUAUGCUGGAAGUAAAAGUGCCAUGGAGCGACUAAAACGAGGCAUCAUUCAUGCUAGAGGAUUAGUUCGAGAGUGUUUGGCGGAGACGGAGAGGAACGCAAGAUCCUAGCUUGCCCUUUCGAGUGGCAAGGUUUUCCUCCUUUAUGAAAAAGACAGAGAUUCCAUUGGAGACUACGGAAACGUUUAGACAAAUCCCUUAAUUUGACUGUUCUGUCCCUCCCCCUACCCUUUUCAAGAAUGUGGGCUGGGACCCAAAGAGCUACUUGACACGCACCCAAGGGCUUUGUGCGCCCGGUGGAAUGUUUGGACUUUUUUGCUUUGAGUAAAAGACACCCCUCCCACCUGUUUUUGAAACUCCGCCUUGUUUCAGAAGCAUUUCACCAUCCAGCAAAGAAGGCAUCUGUGAUAGAUGCAAAGUCCAAAGCCCCCUCGGCCACACGGAACUCAUGCGGUUCUUUGGAUCCUGGCCAUAGUCAAGAACAAGAGUCAUCCUUCCUCCCUUUUCAUGAGGAGCUGGCAAUAUUUCGGUACAGUUGGACACUCCCUGAAUUCAUUUGGAAGAUUUUUAAAAAAUUGCAUGCAGAGUCUAUUUAACUCUUCAUUUACUUUUCCUCCAAUCUCACUGUCUGUUUCUUAAUGCCUUUGUUUUCAAGCUGCAUUCCAGGGAAACCCCAAAGGUUCUGCAGGAGGGGGGUCGGUAAAAGCGAUCUUCCCAUUAAAUUUAUAGCUUCAGGAGCGUUUGGUGAAAAAGCCAUAAAGAAUAUUUUACCGUGCGUUGCGAUUUCCGUGGCAGACGCACAGCAGCUCCUUUGUAGCUAGGCUGAUAUGGAAAAGGUUCCUUGAAGAUACAUUCUGGAAAACACUCCCGAUUAUUUGUUUGUUCACAUUUGUGUUGAGGCCAGAGGUAACUCCCCCCCAUGAGCUUCCUAAUUCAUGUACCAAACCAUAAACUCCAUUUAACUACCCCAUCAUUUUUUUUUUGCAUGACUGUUCAUGUUUCGGAAACCAUUUAAAGCACAUGAGUUAGAAAACAGUCUAUUAGAUCCUGUACGGGGUCCCAAACUAACCUGAUUUCUUCCAAGAUUUAAAAUGGUAACUUUGCCAAAAAAGAAAGGAAAAAAAAAUCCAAAUAAGCGACUAAACUGUUAUUUGCCUCUUUGUAUGUAUUUAUUACUUGAUGUAAUAAAGCUUAUUUUCAUUAA